AGCACAGCCCAGCUCAGCCCAGCACAGCCCAGCACAGCACAGCGCCUUGCGGCCGAGCCUGUCUGUCUGCCUGUCUGUCUUCCGGGGGAGGGUAGAGGGACUGCAAUAGGGACUGCGGAGGCGGAAGAUCUGGGCUGUGAAACAUGCCAGCGGCCGCCGAGAGGUUCCUGAGCGAGGGCAAGGGGAGAGGGCUGCAGACUCGCAAGGACCUGCAGAUAGGCGAGCUGCUCUUCACAUGCCCAGCCUACACACACGUCCUCACCGUCAACGAGCGGGGCAACCACUGCGAGCACUGCUUCACCCGGAAAGAGGCUUUGGCAAAGUGUGGACGAUGUAAAUUAGCAUUUUACUGCAAUGCAACCUGUCAGAAAGCUGACUGGCCAAUGCACAAACUAGAAUGCUCUUCAUUGAGUAAAUUUGGACAGAACUGGAACCCCUCUGAGACGGUCAGGCUGGUGGCAAGAAUCUUGGUUAAACAGAAAAUGCACCCAGAGAAAACUCCUUCGGAAGAAUUAUUAUCUGUUGAUGAGUUUGAAUCACAUCUUGAUAAAUUGGAUAAUGAAAAGAGAGAACUGAUUGAGAGUGACAUUGCGGCUCUUCAUCAUUUUUAUUCUAAACACUUAGACUUCCCUGACCAGGCUACCUUGAUUGAGCUGUUUGCUAAGGUUAAUUGCAAUGGAUUCACAAUUGAAGAUGAAGAACUUUCUCAUUUGGGUUCUGCCAUUUUUCCAAGUGUUGCCUUGAUGAAUCACAGUUGCUGCCCAAAUGUGAUUGUAACCUACAAGGGGACAGUUGCGGAGGUCAGAGCCGUGAAGCGGAUAGACCCUGGUGAAGAGAUUUUCACCAGUUACAUUGAUCUGCUGUAUCCAACCGAAGACAGGCAAGACCGAUUGAGGGAUUCUUAUUUCUUUACUUGCGAUUGUAGAGAAUGUGCAACAAAAGCUAAGGAUAAAGAGAAGCUGGAAGUGACAAAAUACAAUGAGCCACCAAAGCCGGAGGCUGUCAAGGAUAUGAUCAAAUAUGCAAGGAAUAUAAUUGAAGAGUUCAGGAGAGCCAAGCACUACAAAACCCCUAGUGAAUUGCUGGAGAUCUGCGAGUUAAGUCUGGAUAAGAUGGGAUCCGUUUUUGAGGAUAACAACGUUUACAUGCUGCACAUGAUGUACCAAGCCAUGGGAGUGUGUUUGUAUAUGCAGGACUGGGAUGGAGCACUCCGCUACGGGCAAAAAAUAAUCAAACCUUACAGCAGUAAACACUAUCCUCCAUAUUCUCUGAACGUUGCUUCCAUGUGGCUGAAACUGGGUCGAUUGUAUAUGGGUCUAGAACAUCAUUCUGCUGGAGCAAAGGCAUUGAGGAAGGCUUUGGCUAUCAUGGAAGUGGUGCAUGGGAAGGAUCAUCCAUAUAUUUUUGAAAUUAAAAAGGAAUUGGAGGAGAAAUGAAUGUUUUUCCUUGACCAUCACUAUUCCUCAAAUGAAAUGCGAGACUAUUCCCCUGUAACAGAAUAAUGUGUAUUCGUUUGUAACAAAGGGUCUGAAAAAUAACAGCAUGAAUGUUAAAGGAAUGCUGUUUUUAUUUUUGUUUCUAAUAUUUAACUGAGUAUGACAAUAAAUAUAAAAUUGCAUCACCU